CCAAAUGCCAAUAGAUUCAUCUCAACCUCCAAAACACAACAGAAAAAACUGUACACACCAAAUUACACCAAUGAAACUCUGUCUUCCAAAACCAAACCAGAAUUAUAAAACACACAGGCAGCAAUUAAUGAUCUCUUAUCUCUCUCCCUCAGUAAGAAAGGGAAAUUAGGGAGAGAGUAUUCCCAUUGUCCUUAACUCUUCCCUUCCAAUAUCAUUGACAGAAAAUGGGUUGUGGAGAAUCCAAACAUGCUGUUGCCGUAGAAAACACCAUAACCCGUGAAAAAUCCAAUGCCGGAAGCCGUAGAAGCAAAGACAUUACAACUGUCAAUGGGACAGGCAAGGAAGGUUCAUCGGUGGUGGUUAAACGAGAAGAAAGCAAAUGCAUAAGGAAUGAUGGUAAUGUAAGUGCAGUUGCAGAAGAAAAGGAAAUAACUGAAAAUAAAGAAUUGAAAGGAGGAAAAGAAAUAAAGAAAGAAUAUGGUGGUAUUAUUGAAGAAAAUCAAGAAACAGGAAGAUUGAUUUCUAAAGAAUCGCCAAAUCGAUUUUUUUCAUCAAGAAGAGAAGAAGAUGUUGAUGGGUCUUCUGCAUCAGAAGGAAAGUCUGAAUUUUUCUCUCCCCGGGUUGAAUCUGGCAAAGAAAGCUUUUUCAAUGAUUCUGUUAAAUUAGAUGAUGUAGUGGAGGACAAAUUGGUACAAGAAACUCAAAACGUUUAUUUAUGGACAGAAUCUUCUGCAACUGUGAAGGAAGAGGAUAUGGACAAGGAAGCAAAAGCUGCAGGUAUAAGUAUUGAAGCAGAAGUUGCAAUCCCUGCUGUACAACAUAUGACUCGUGAGUAUUCUUUAUGCAGGAGGCAUUGACAGUUCACCAAGCAAGGAUCGGAAGGCAGCUUAAAGGAACUAUUUAAAUAAAAGAAAGCUUGUUCUUGUUAUAUCACUAAUUACCCUUGUUUAUCAAGUUAAUUGCUUGAUUAUCAAACUGAAUCAUUGAUUUUAUUAUCAUCUGUUUGUAACGGGCGAAUUAUAAUCCACAGCCAUUACAGUGCAAUAGGCAAGCUAUUUUCAUGGCUUAACAGUUCAAGUUUAUAAUACGAGUGGGUCAACAAUCAAAUGCAGGAAACAUAAUUCGAAACUGUAACAUAAUGAAGCAGAUCCUUUUUGCUCUUUGAUAGUUAUAAUAUCUAUUGUAACAGAAGAAGAACGAAUAAGAAACACAAAAUUAAAACCAGUAAAACACAUUGUCCGAGAAUGGACCUCCAUUGGCAGUUUCACCAAGCCAGGAUCUGAAGGCAACUUGAAGGAACUACUUAAAUAAAAUGAAGCUUGUCAAGUCAUGUGAUACCACCUUUGUUUAUCAAGUUAAUUGCUUGCUUAGCCAAUCAAAACAUUUCCUUGUAUCAAUAAAUUAUUUACUGAAUUUGAUUUA